CUCCUCCUCCUUUGAAUUAUGGCUUCUAAACCCAAUCCUAAGCUCCCGGAGCCAUCGAGUAGCAGUCGAUUCAAGCCCGUAAUCACUCGGUUAUUCGAUCUGCUUCCUGCCAUUGGCUUCCUCUUCCUCACCGUCAAUGUCGUCACGGCUGCUUACCACGCUCGCCACGACCCAGGUACCCUCGUGUUCGUGCUCUGGUCCUACGUAAAUCUGUUGCUCCUAUUCUGGUGCCUGAAAAAAUUUGAGAACCUGAGAACCGACUGUCCGCCUCCGGCCGAGAAGAGGGAGAGACUUAAAGUGGCUAUCUGGGUGCUUUCCACCGCCCUCAACCUCACCUUCGCCUGGCGAGUGGCCGGGAUAAUGCCAUUAGCGCUGGCGGUUGUCAUCUGGGCAAUGUCUGGCUUUCUUGCCGUUGCUGGCUUCUACGGUCUCUUCAUUUACAAGGAUGGGAACGGCGACCUCGACGAGCCAGAGUUCCAGGAGCUCUCUCCGGAUGAAAAAGUUUAGCAGCCUCUCCCAAUUAUGUAUUGGGAACAAUGUGGUCCACCAUACUUCUCUACAUAAAUAAAAGUGGUCGCUUCUUAUAUUUGUUCGUAUGGUCCUGCGGGUCUCGCCGUUCCUGCUACUGGAUGUUUAAAUUAGAAUAAAGUGGGUUGUACCUUACUGCUCUCCCAGUAUGUUCACUGCAAUAUAUAUUAAGUAUUUUAUUAUAUUA